CUGCAGUGGUGAAAAGUCAACCGCAGAAAAUAAAAAAUACAAAUUUCUGGACAAUUCAAUUUUAACUUCUCGUGUGGAAAACGCCUGUUCUUCGUGCUGUUAAAGAGUAACUAAUAGAAAUCUAAAUAAGUACUUAGAAACAGGCAACUGCAACUUGAAGUUCUUUUUUUUUUUUGGAAACGCGCAGAAGUUGUGUUAAUUGUAUAGAAAAUGGCCCAGGAAGGACAGGAUAUACCAACAUUCAAGUGUGUGCUAGUUGGGGAUGGCGGUACCGGUAAAACGACCUUUGUCAAACGCCACAUGACCGGUGAAUUCGAAAAGAAAUAUGUUGCCACAUUGGGUGUGGAAGUGCAUCCAUUGAUCUUCCACACCAAUCGAGGUGCCAUACGCUUCAAUGUGUGGGAUACCGCAGGCCAGGAGAAAUUUGGAGGAUUGCGCGAUGGCUACUAUAUUCAGGGUCAAUGUGCUGUCAUUAUGUUUGAUGUCACAUCGCGUGUUACCUACAAGAAUGUUCCCAACUGGCAUCGCGAUUUGGUUCGAGUAUGUGAGAAUAUACCUAUAGUUCUGUGCGGAAAUAAGGUGGACAUUAAGGACAGAAAGGUCAAGGCUAAGAGCAUUGUGUUUCACCGAAAGAAAAAUCUGCAGUAUUACGACAUCUCAGCCAAAUCGAAUUAUAACUUCGAAAAACCAUUCCUUUGGCUGGCCCGCAAGCUGGUCGGUGAUCCCAACUUAGAAUUUGUGGCUAUGCCAGCUCUUCUGCCGCCAGAGGUUAAAAUGGACAAAGACUGGCAACUGCAAAUUGAGCGUGAUUUGCAGGAGGCUCAGGCCACAGCCCUGCCCGAUGAGGAUGAGGAUCUAUAAGCAAAUUUAAGAAGCAUCAGGAAACCACAGAAUUAAAAGAGAGACGACACACACAUAUACACAGACACACACACAAAAACACAUUCAAUCUGGCGAAAAAAAGAACAAGCGGCAACAAUUUAUUUAUGACGUCGACGUCUUUUCUUAGGAGCUAAAAAGAAGAGCUGCAGCAGCUGUGGUGGACAAUAGUUUGCGAGAUGCAAUGUGAGGAGACCAAUGUCAGUUGCGCUCCUCCUUGUUAUCCCAUCCCAUUUUUAUACCCUCAGUUGUUGCCUCACUUCUUGUUUCCUAAUUCAACAUUAUUUUUAUUAAAAGAAAACAAAACAAAAAAAGAAAACAAAACCACACACAACAAACUUAUGUAAGACUUCGUUUUUUUUUUAUUCGGGUGUUUCGCAAAAUUAUUUUAUUUUGAAGUUUAUUAACAAUAAAAAAGGAAUGAAAAAUAAGCAGAGAGAGAAAGCUUUAGACAUAAUUAUUCCCAAUACCCAAAUUCUAUAUCUUUCUUUUCGCCACUAAAUUCAAAAACCUUCACAUGUUAUAUUUUAUAUAAUCUAAGAGAGAAAGUGAGAAAAACAAAACAAACAAAAAAAAACUAAGCAAAACAACAAAAUAAAAAACGUGAAAAAAGUCGAAAAUGCGCUAUGCAAAUAUGGAAGCGAACAAUAAAGAGCAAAAUAUAAAUAUGUGAACAAAAUAA